AUGCAAAACGAUAGCCCGAACGACGGAGAAGACGACGCUGCUGUGGGCGGGAAGCCGUCAUCACAUACGAUGAUGAUGAGUAGAUCAUACGAAUGCAACUUGUGCAGGAGAGGAUUCUUAAACGCUCAAGCACUGGGAGGCCACAUGAACAUCCACAGAAGAGAUCGAGCAAACAAGGCUGCAUUCUCCAAUAAUCCCCAAUACUACUUUGGAACUAAUUACUACUCCGCAGGCUCUUCAAGGGGAGUUAAUAUCGAUAUGAAGAAUAAGCGGAGAGAAUAUCAUGGCGGCGGAGAAGAGAGAGAAAAGAUGAAGCAGAUGGUGGACAUGGAAGAAUCGGGGGAGCUUGAUCUUGAGCUCAGGCUAUGGCCUUUCAAGGAUGGCGCUGCUGAUCCAUGA